GUACACUUUACUUGAACCAAUUGCACACACCACACUGCCACGUGAAGGGGAAUACUUUUAAUUUUUUUGUCUUGUCAUCUUCCACAUAGAAGCGAGGUUUGAUUAGAGUUUAUGACAUUGCAGGACUUUUAAGGGGAAAUUUUAGGCAAGAAAAAUAUCAGGAGCCAUGGAGGAAGCCGACAACAGCACUAUUGAUCCCGCCUGUUUACAGGAACCCCCUCUGGCCAUGGAUGUGAUAAAGCAACUAGAUGUUUUCGGGAUGUGCCUGUACGCUAUGCUCACCUUCAUGUCUUGCAUUUCCCUGCUGCUCUACUUGGAGCAAUGUGUUUAUAUUUAUAAAAAACUGCCAUACCCGAAAAAGACAACCAUCAUCUGGAUCAAUGGAGCCGCACCAGUCAUUGCCACCAUGUCUUGUUUUGGGAUGUGGAUCCCCAGGGCUGUCAUGUUCACAGAUAUGACGUCAAAUUGUUACUUUGCAGUGGUAGUGUACAAAGUGUUGGUUCUGCUGAUUGAGGAGUUGGGUGGCAGCGAUGUAUUUCUGAAGCGCUUUUCCGGUAAACCCUUCAAGAUCACCACUGGGCCGUGCUGCUGCUGCUGCCUGUGUUUACCACGUGUGCCCAUGUCACGAGGCAUGCUGUUCUUGCUGAAGUUGGGUGCACUCCAGUACGCCAUCCUAAAGACGGUGCUCAGUGUCCUCUCCAUAGUACUCUGGACAAAUGGCAACUUUGACCUCUCAGAUCUAGAGAUCACCGGUUCGGCAAUUUGGAUCAAUCCUUUCAUUGGCGUUCUCACCAUCACCUCCCUGUGGCCCGUAGCCAUUGUGUUCAUGAACACCAACCACCAUUUACGCAGCCUCAAUAUUGUACCAAAGUAUGCCAUGUACCAACUAAUACUCGUAUUAAGUCAGCUGCAAACGUCCAUCAUCAACAUCCUGGCUCUGGAUGGAACCAUCGCCUGCGCCCCUCCCUUCUCCUCGCAGGCUCGGGGAUCCAUGCUAAGUCAGCAGAUGAUGAUUAUGGAGAUGUUCAUCAUCACCCUGGUCACUCGCUUCUUUUAUCGUCGUACAUAUGACAUGCUUCCCUCACCCACACAUGACCACGACCACCACAAGGACGGAGUCUCCCCGCAGGCUGCUCACAUGGAGCAUGAUGUCUAAAACUUGGGGAGCUCAAAGAUGCUCUUUAUCUGAGGUACCGUUGGUCAAACGGUCAAUUUGAUGUGGUUCUGUGAAGCGGACACUCAUCUGUCACUCAAGUGUGAGAAAACAUCUUCACGUUAUUACAGCAGUAUUGUAUUUACUAACUUGAGUAAGUUCUCUUAGGUUAGUUCACACAAAUGUUCCUAUGAAUAAAUAAUAUAGUAAUCCUACUUAAAAGAGGCCGUAUCAAGUUGUCUUGGCUAUUUCAGACCGACAUUUUUUUUCUUUUUUAAAAAUGUACUAAUUAUUCAUCUUUAUAUGUCCUUUACAAGUUAGUAUUAGGUGAAUCGAGACAUCUUACAUAAUAAAGAGUGUGUGGCUUGAAAAACACAUUGUGUACUAUAUUCUCUAGACUGGGUAUUUCCAAACUAAUAAGAUACAAGAGCUGUGUGUUAACAAUUAUACAACCAACUGACACUGUCUUAGAACAGUUUAUUAUGAUCGAAUUAUUGCAUUAUUGUAUCUGCAACUUACUGUGACAUAGUUCAAGUUAUUUUAGCAAAUAUAGCCACAUACAUGAGAGAGGCAAAAUACUGUAUUAGAAAGAUUUGCAGCCCACUGUAUCACUGUUCUGUAAUACAAUUCUACAGCACUGAUAAUUAUCAUUCAUUCAUUCAUCCAUUUUCCAUACCGCUUAUCCCCACUAGGGUCGCGGGCGUGCUGGAGCCUAUCCCAGCUAUCUUCGGGCGAGAGGCGUGGUACACUCUGAACUGCUCGUCAGCUAAUCGCAGGGCACAUAGUGUAGAAACAAACAAUCAUUCACACCUACGGGCAAUUCAGAGUCUUGAAUCAACCUACCAUGCAUGUUUUUGGGAUGUGGGAGGAAACCGGACUACCUGGAGAGAAAAUGCAAACUCCACACGUGCGAGGCCGGAUUUGAAUCUGGGUCCUCGGAACUGUGAGGCAGAUGUGCUAACCAGUCGUCCACCGUGCCGCCUGAUAAUUAUCAAAAGUAACUUAUCGUUGUAAUACUGCUUUAUUAUCUUUUUAAAGGCUAACAUUUUGAUACCCCUCUUUUGUACUGGAUCUCAUGAGAUGGAGUCCAGUAUAUAGACUUACUGGAUUUCAGACACUAGCAUAACUAGAGUAAUCGAUUUUGUAAAGGCCUUUGAUUACAACUGUAAGUCCUAACUCAACAUUCUGUUUUUAAUUGUGUACUUAAUGUGCAAAUAAGGCGGCACGGUGGCCGACUGGUUAGAGCGUCUGCCUCACAGUUCUGAGGACCCGGGUUCAAUCCCCGGCCCCGCCUGUGUGGAGUUUGCAUGUUCUCCCCGUGCCUGCGUGGGUUUUCUCCGGGCACUCCGGUUUCCUCCCACAUCCCAAAAACAUGCAUUCAUUGGAGACUCUAAAUUGCCCGUAGGCAUGACUGUGAGUGCGAAUGGUUGUUUGUUUCGACGUGCCCUGCGAUUGGCUGGCAACCAGUUCAGGGUGUACCCCGCCUCCUGCCCGAUGACAGCUGGGAUAGGCUCCAGCACGCCCGCGACCCUAGUGAGGAGAAGCGGCUCAGAAAAUGGAUGGAUGGAUGGAUGUGCAAAUAAGCUAUUUUUACCUGUAGGUUGUCAUAUUUAAAUGUUAUUCCAUAGCUAAAUGUAUUGAGAAUCAAAUGUUAGGCUGUCUUUAAGCCUUUUUAUGUGUAAUGUAUGUCUGCAUAUCUAUGUAGUGCUCUCACCGACCCUUCUGUUGUCUGUGACCAAAAUGCCAGAGGUUUAUUUAAAGCCUGUUGACCCACUUAGUGCAAUGCGGGAAAGACUUGUGCUGUGGAUGAGCUGGAAGCUUUUUCCUGCUGUUUCUCUAAUGGCCAAAAGAGAGCGUGUUCCACUUCAAAACCUCAUGCAUUGACCUGAAAAUAAAGAACCAUCCCUCUC